GGUCAUAUAUAUAUUCUCUAUAUAAAUACUCCUUAGCUAGGUACCAUAACACAAUCAUCACUUUCACAUUCAUUCACACACUUGAAGUGCAAUAUUUCCUCUAUCAAAAUUUUCCAAAUCUAUCAUGGCUAGCUCAAUGCUCGUCAAAGUUAUUUGCUUGUCUAUGAUAUGUUUGGUUUUGGACAUUCCCUUGGCCAACGCUGCCCUUUCUUGUGGUCAGAUACAACUUACUGUAGCACCAUGCCUUGGGUACCUUAGGAACCCAGGACCAUCUGUCUCAGCACCAUGUUGCAAUGGACUUAGGAGUAUUUAUGGCCAGAGUAAGUCUAUUGCUGAUCGUCAAAGUGUUUGCAGGUGCGUCAAAGGAACUAUAUUCGGCUUACCUGGAAUCAAUCUUUCGGCCCUUUCUAGCAUCGCUCCUAAGUGUGGUAUCAAUUUGCCUUACAAGAUUAGCCCCUCCAUUAACUGCAACACGAUUCCCUAAUUGCGUCAAGAAAUUACAGAGUCACGCAAUGAGCAACUCGUGAGGCUUCAUUUGAUGAAUAAAUAAUACUACUUGGUUUGUGAAAAUAACCAAAGACAGAAUAAAGAGGAAGAUGGCUUAAUUUCCCCAGUUGUAAUCGAAUCCCAACUAGGGAUCACUAUAGUACUAUGCAUUUCAAUAUUAAUUAUAAAUGAAAUUUAUUAAGCACAACUUAUGCUGCACAACGUGUGGCUAUCUAUAGUUAUUUGUAGUUUUGUACCAUAGUUUCCGGACAUAAAAUUUUGGUGUGGCCAAAAUUUUAAAAAUACAAUCAACUAAAUUAUUCCCUCCGGUUCUUAA